AUGGCAGCUGGGGAUUCUGAUGACAAAACAUUACCAUCGAGUCAGAAUUAUUAUGAUCUAUUAGGAAUUUCAAAAACUGCAACAGAAGAAGAAAUCAAACGAGCAUAUCGAAAAACCGCUCUCAGACUUCAUCCCGACAAAAAUCCUGAUCCGAAUGCAGCGUCACAAUUUCAAAGUGUUGAUAAAGCAUACAAAAUAUUAAGUGAUCCAAAACUGCGUAGUACGUACGAUCAAUUUGGAGCAAAUGCAGCGGAUAUGAUGAGACGGAUGAAUGAUGAUUAUGCUGAUAUAUUACAAAGAAUGCCGGCAUGGAAGAAAAUUUUAAUCACUGAAGAAGCUGUUCGAACUACAGAACCAAAUGUAAAUGCAACAAAUGAAUCAGAUCCCGUGCUUAAACAACCAGAAAAUACUAUUAUCACAUUAGGAAAUUCUGAGCCAUUUAAAACAACUUAUGAAGCAACAUCUAAUACUCAACAAUAA